GAUUACAACCACUUAUACCUGGAUUGAUCACUUACAUAUCAUGUACGCGGUUGUCACGCGCACAGCUUCGGCCUCGAAGGAAAUUUUAGAGUCUCACUUGCUUGUGAAUUAUAAUUGCGCUAUAUGUUCUUGUCAUUAACUCUUAGUUGCAUUGCUCCUGAUUGUUUGUUGCUCAAUGGAAGCCUUUUGCACAUGACGAGUAAUAUACUAAGGACGGUGUUGGGUCAGCUGCCGAAAGCAAGAAAUGAUGUUUUCGUUUGACCCAGUAGGUAUUAGGGACAUCAGAAGGUUGACAGGCAAGCUUUGGCAUCAGACGCAUUCGAGCCAGCACCAACUUGGUCCGUGUGGUCAACCCGACGGCACAGAGCACGGAUAAGCUUCAACUUGGUUGAAUUAUUCAACACGCGGACGUGCGUCCCAGCCUCACGGCGCGCGCCCAUUGAGCGUCGUUUCAUCGCUCCGCGGCAGUUCCUAACCCUGACUGCCCUAGCGGCUAUAGACCCCACACCUGACAAUCGAUCAGCUAGGGCUUUACUCUGGGCUACAGGUUGCCUUAGCACGUCGGGCGUCCCAGCAUCAACAUGCCGCCCACAGCGCGCAACAGCAGCAGCCACCACAGCGCAGUCGGGGUGCCAGCAGGCUCCGGCGUGCAGGUGCUGGUGCGUGUGCGACCUCCACUGCCCCGCGAGCUGAUGUUCGACAGCGGCGUGGAAGUACGACCGCCGUACGACGUCAAAGUCUACAACGACGCGCAGGAGUUUAGCGGCCGCUAUCACCACGUGUUUGGGGAGGAGUCAGCGCAGGCUGAGGUGUACGAGAAAGUCCGCGACUGCGUGCCGCUGGCGCUAGCCGGCUACAAUAGCACCAUCUUUGCCUACGGCCAGACGGGCACGGGUAAGACCUUCACCAUGAUGGGGGACGACCCCGCCAUGGACGGCGCCGCGCCGGGGGUGGGCGGCGGGGGCGGCGGCGGGCCGGGCAUCAUCCCGCGCGCCGUGAAGGAGCUGUUCCGAGAGGCUAAGGCAAAGCAGGACUCGGAGGGGGCUGCCAUACAGGUGAUUGUGAGCUACAUGGAAAUCUACAACGACCGCCUGCACGACCUGCUGCAGCCGUACAAGCCGUACAGCAGCAGGGACCCCGCCGACGUCAACCAGAAGCGGGCGCUGCUGGAGGUCCGUGAGGACUCGCGCGGCCUCACCUACGUCCCCAACCUGCUCUGCGUCAAGGUCAAGUCGUACAAAUCCGUUUACCAGCUCAUCGCAAAGGGCAACCGAAACCGUGCCGUACGACACACCGAGAUGAACCAGGCCUCCUCCCGCAGCCAUGCCAUCCUGCAGCUGGUGAUCGAGCAGUGGCCGCAUGGUGGCGCGGACGGCACCGUGAUCCGCAGCAAGCUGAACUUUGUGGACUUGGCUGGGAGUGAGAGAUGGAACACGGCGGCUGGGGCGUGGGGCUGGGAGGGAGGAGGCGGGGGCGGAGGAGGCGGGCAGGAGGGAAUGAUGGGGGAGGAGCGGAUCAGUGAGAUGACGGCGAUUAAUGGAAGCUUGUCGGCGUUGGGGAGUGUGGUGGCGGCGUUGACGGAGCGGAGAUCCCACGUGCCGUACCGCGACUCCCGCCUCACACACCUCCUUCAAGACUCCCUGGGCGGCAACUGCCGUACCACCGUGCUAGCCACCCUCUCCCCCUCCGUGGACGCAUUCGAGGAGUCCUGUUCCACGCUGCGCUUCGCGGACCGGGCGCGCGCCAUCGCCAACAACCCCGUCGUCAACGCGAGUCGCGAUGUGGGCUCGAUCCUGGCGCUCAAGGAGCGCGAGAUCCAGCGGCUGAGGAACAUGAUCAGCCAGUUCACCAGCGGCAAGGCGCCCAUGACGCCGGGGCCGGAGGGGGCUGACAGCGCCGCCUCCCGUCUAGCGGAGGAGUUGGAGGCAACUCGCCGGGCACUGGAGCUGGAGCGGGCACUCAGAGCGGAGCUGCAGCAGAAACUGCACCAAUCCUCGGCAAGCACGCCACCUGACGGUUCCAGCGGCGGCGGCAGCGGUGGCGGUGCGAUGGUGUUGACGCUGGGUACGCCCACCACCGCCUUUGAUUCGGCGGUGGGCAGCACACCGACGGCUCUGGCGCCGCGGGUGGGCAGCUUGAGGAGCUGCAUUGGAAGCGCCGGCAGCGCCGCAGCUGCGGGUGGGGGUGGUGCUCGAGCCAGCGGCGGCGGCAGCGGCGGUGGCGCUGGGGCCGGCGCGGACUUCUUCCGCCUCUCCACUCCCUCCACGCCUCUCAACCCUGUGCCGUUUCAGCUGACGGGAUCCCCCGCCGCCGCAUCGCCCGGCGGCGGCGGCAGCAGCGGGGGUCCGCUGGUACCCACUCGUGCCGGCGGCGGCAACCCCGGCGGCGGGCCGCCGCCGCUGGGUCGCUCCCGCAGCAGCCUCCUCAGCAGCCAGGUUUUCCCUGGCGCCGGCGGCAGCGGUGCAGGCGCCGGCGCCGCCGCCGCCGCCGCCGCCGGCUCGCAGGUGUCUCCUGGCGGCGGCAAGCGCGCCGGCGGCAGCGGCGCUCCUCGGCGACUGAGCUACGAUGAGGCCAUCAUGGCCAUUAAGAGCCAGAUCAUCAGCUUAUCUAAGCAGGAGCGCAUGCGGCUGAAGAUGCGGCAGCCGCCGCAGGGGAAAAUAUUCUGGGGCGGUCCUCCGCCAGCCGCCAAUACCCAUGCCACGGCCUCCAAGCCGCCAGCGGCGGGGGCGGCGGCAGCCGCCCUCGCUGCCGCUACCGCCGCCGCGACGGCGGCAGCACCGCCGCCCGCGCCGCCAUCGUUCAACAGCCGCAUGCGUGCGGCGGUUGGGAUAUACGGCGGCAGUGGUGCUGGAGGCGGAGGUGGUUCCAGCGGCGGAGCAGGCGGUGGCGGGACAGGGAUUGCUUCUCCGACGGGGACAGGGCGACAUCAACAGAAGCGGCGGCCGCCGCAGCUGGCGGCUGUGGCCAGCGGCGCCGGCGGCGGUGGCGGCUUCGCGCAGAUCCACAGCAUUGAGUUGACGGACAGCGACGCCACCUCGCCCGCGUCGCCCGCUCCUCCCUCGGGGCGUGGGAGACCGCAGGAAGAGGAGGCACUGCAGCAGCAGGAACGACGUCAGCAGCAACCGCAGCAGGAUCCAGAGGGAGGGCAGUACGACAGCCCACCAGCGCCAGGCGGGAGACUAGCAGCGGUGUACGGCAAUGGUUUUGUAGGACCUGGCGGCGGAGGCGGUAGUGGUAAUGGUGAUGAUGGCGGUGGUGAAGAAGAGGCGUACAGCGCGGAUGGCGACUUUGUUGAGGACGCUCCAGAUGCUCCGGAGGAUGUAGUGGCUGUUGAAGAGAUGGGUGAGGAGCGUAAGCGCGGCGGGGAGGAGGAGGAGGAGGGAGAAGACCCAAUAGGCGAGGAGGGCGAUGCCGCUUACGACGGCGAGGAGCCCGUGGAAGAGGAGGUUGACGAUGGAAGCGAUGAAGGCGAUGACGGCAGGCGGGGCAUGCCUGGCGCCAAGGGUCGCGCCGCAGAUGGCGGCCGCGGCGGCGGCGGCGGCUCGGACGAUGGUGACAGCGACGGCGGGCUGUCGCAGCUGGACGCUGAGGAGUAUGAGGAGAUCAUGCGGCAGGCGAGGGAGGCAUUGGCUAAGAAGCCCGGCGGCGAGCAGGACGGAAAGCCAGGGUCAGCGGUGCCUCAGACGCCGCCGUCUGCUGCGGGAGCACUACCGGGACAGGGGCGGAGUGCAGUCGCGGCGGCUGGUGCAGGGGGAGGAGGCGGCGGCAUUGUGGGAGGGCGGUCUGCGCUGCGGGCGCAACAGGUGUCGAGUCCUGCACCACCCUCUGCCGCGUCCGGUGAGGGGGGCAGCGGCAGCGGCGGCGGCGCGGGAGGGCAGGUGGUUAGCGUGGUGGGAGCCGGGUGGGGUCGACACGCGCUGCUAAACAAGUUCACGGACGCGGAUACAACCCCUGGCGGCGGGGCAAGCGGUGCUGGCGGCGGCGGCGGAAUAGGCUUCGGUCGGAGCAACUUCCUGUCGGCGGCCGCAGCCCCGCCUGCUCCCGCGACGGCGCCCCCCGGCGGAGGCUGGGGCCGCAAGUCCAUUCUUGCUCAGCCUCCCUCGCCACCGCCGCCGCCGGCGUCUGCCGACGCUUCCCAGCCGGCCACUGGCCGUCGCGCGCUGAUGGCUGCGGAGGGACGCGACGGCGGCGGCGGCAUGUACGGCGCCUAUGGCGGUGGCGGCGGCUACACAUCACCCCUACGCAGCAGCGGCGGUGCCGGCAGCGGAGGUGGGAAAGGCCGCUCCAAGUCGGUGGGUGCAGCGGCCCGGCCGAACGGCGGCAGCCGCGGCCGGGCUGCUGACAGGGCUUCAACAAAGCUUGACGCGGGAUCUUGGAUCUACAUCUUGGGUGCCUCUGCUAGCUCGACCCGGGCUAAACGCCUGGCGUCGGCGUUGCAGCUCGAUCCCGUGACCGGUCUGCCUGCAAUCUAGGAGGACCCCAAGGUUCAAGGCGCCUGCGAGAGGGCCUAGCGACGCGGUGGGAAAUGGUGGAUGUCCUGUGGCUUCAACCGCACAUAGGAUUGAAGCAGGGGUAGGCAAAGUAUUCACCUUUGUCACAUAGAGGACUUUCUAAGACGGAUGACUUGGCAGGCAGCCUGACACUUAGCACUGCAGGGCCAGUUGGGCUUGGAUAUGCAGCGGAGACUGUCAUGAAAAGCAUUGGGCCUGCACCGAUGGCUUUGGUUGAUACGUUGAUACCGUUUGCUGCGAAUGCCAAUGGGAAGGGCGGUUGUUCGCAUGCAUGCAUUGCCGUGUGCAGUAGGGCACGGGUCCUGAGCCAUAGGACCCAAGAGUGUCGACUGUACGCUCAGACUCCGAGUGUUGCCACACAUGUGAAGUUCAUCGCUGUCUAUGGAACUUAGAUCAGAUGAGGGCAUAGAAGGACUUCAGGUCGACAUGGCUGCAGCAUCAUGCAGAUGUUAUACACAUUCCAUUCCUCCAAAUACAGUGUUGACAAUUCACG